AUGUCAACAUCCUCGUCUGUCAACCGCACCGAUCUACCGCCAGCGCAAUGUCCUACCUGCCAUAUUCCUGUUUUGGGUAGAGAUGAAAAAUUUUGUCGAAAAUGUGGAUAUAAAAUGCUACAUUGUGUCAAAUGUAAUGCAACAGUCAGAGAAGGUGACAGUUAUUGUACUGCUUGCGGCGCAAGACGAUGCUGUAUAAUGGAACGUUGGCGUCAAGGAACGCUGCAUCGUAGUCCAUGUUUCGUUGGAAUGGUAAUUCUAGUUGUCGGUGCAUCAUGGCUAACGCUUCGUUAUGCACUUCGAAAACAUCUCUAG